AUGCACCAAAGGAAGUACACUCUAGAGCUGAUUUCUGAGCUUGGACUAGGAGCUGCAAAACCUGCAGUAACACCUAUUAAAGCCAAUAUCAAAUUGACCACUAAGGAAUAUGAUGAACAUACUAGUAACUCUAGUGCAACUGAUGAUAAAGUGUUAACAGACAUCAGCCAGUAUCAAAUAUUACUAGAAAAACUACUCUACCUGACUGUCACAAGGCCAGACAUAGUAUAUAGUAUUCAGACACUAAGCCAGUUUAUGCAGAAACCAAAAAGAUCUCAUUUGGAAGUUGCUCAAAGGGUGGUUAGAUAUGCGAAGAAUCAACCAGGUCAAGGCAUACAUAUUGUGAUAUAUGGUGAUUCUCUGAUAUCCUGGAAGUCAAAGAAACAAAGUACCAUUUCUAGGAGUUCUGCAGAAUCUGAGUACAGAAGUAUUGCAUCAACUGUAGCUGCAUUGGUGUGGAUACUUGGUCUGUUCAAAGACAUUGGUAUAGAAGUUGGCCUCCCUGUGAAUAUCUACACUGACAGUAAAUCAGCAAUUCAAAUAGCUUCUAAUUCAAUGUUUCACGAAUGA